CGACAAGGCUUAUAACACUAGAUAAACCGUCGUUUAAAUAUGUACGAUAGGAUUCCAUUUUCAACAGUAACAAAGUUUAGACCACAAUGUCACAAUUAAAGCUCGAAGGUGAUUUCCAAGACAUAUCGGGACCUCAAUUAGAGUUCAUCAAGAAAGUUAUUGAAGAAAAUGGGUUCAAAAACAACAAGGUCACCAUUAAAAAUGUUGGAAUAGUAGGUGACAAUUAUGGAGCAAACGUAAAAAGAAUAAACAUUGAAGCGGAGAAUGGCAAUCUGUCGAUGAUUGCCAAAAUAGCACCAACAACUGAUUCAAUUCGCAUCCGUUCAAACGCAGUUAUUACAUUCGGUAAUGAACAUUUGAUGUAUACAAAAUUUUUGCCUAAGUUGAACGAGAUACAAAAGAAAGAAGAAAUACCAGAAGAAGAACUAUUUAUAUUCCCAAAAUGUUACGGAUCAAAUCCAGAAGCACCCAAUGAAGUAAUCUUGCUAGAAGAUCUUAAGUGUAAAAACUACAUUAUGAAAGACAGAUCGAAAUCACUUCCAAAUGAAUGCGUGACUUCUAUACUCAAGAAUUUGGCCAUUUAUCAUUCUAUAUCUUAUGUUUUGAGACAUAAAGAACCUGAUACUUACAAUUUUUUCAAAGACAAUUUGAAAGAAGUUUUGGCAGCAAUGACAGAAACAGGCAAUUUAGAUGCCAAUAAUUUUGACAUGGUUGAGGACUUUAUGAUUAAUUUACUUGAAGAUCCAGAACAUAAGAAUGUUUUAAAAAACAAAUUAUGCCGACUUCCUCAGGCUGUUGUCAAAAUGGCAAAAUUCGAAGAUAACAAUCGAUAUUCAGUCGUUGUGCACGGCGAUGCGUGGACAAACAAUAUCAUGUUCAGAUUUGAAGGCGACACUCUAAAAGAGUCGAUGUUGAUAGAUUACCAGUUAUCAAAGAAUGGUAGUCCAGUCUAUGAUCUUAUUUACGUGCUCUUCAACUGUACCGACUACGAGACCAGGACUAAGAACUUCUAUGACUGGUUGGAUUAUUACCAUACACAACUAGACAAAUCCUUGUCUAACUUUGGCCUUAAAGCCAACUAUGUCUACCCAAGAGACAAAUUAGAUGCUGAUCUGAAGAGAUAUGGCAAAACUAUGUUUGGUUGGUCUAUACUUUUAUGUUCUAUACUACUAGCAAAUCCAGAAGAAGCUGCAAAAAUAAAGGAAUCCAUAGAGUCUGAAGUGCCUCUCGAUGCCGCUGAAGCUGCCGAUGUCUUUAAGGCUGACACAACUAUGCUACUAAAGGAAAGAAUCAUAGGCCUCAUUAAGAGUUUUCAGAAUUAUGGUCUUUUGUAAUUUUAAUUAGAACAAUGACUAAAAUAUCGAUGAGUGAAAUCCAAUUCUAACACCAUUUUGAGUUGAAUGCAGUACUUUCCGUAUUGCAUCUCUGAUCAUCUCUGAUCUUGAAAGCAAUUGUUUAAUUUUAAGAGCUUACAAUAAGUAAAGAAAUAAGGAAAUCUCAAAACUAAGUUUCUUUAUUUACAUUAUCAUAUCUAUCUUCUUACUCUAUCUGUUCAUGGACAACUAUUCAUAUAGGUUUUUAAAAAAAUCGACCAUAAUAUAUUAAUACUUUACUUAAAAGUUAAUACUGUCCCGCAGUUUCACCCGCUGCUCGGCUCCAACAUAUCGUAGCGUGAUAUUUUAUUGCCUAUAG